AAUGGAUCUUCAAAUCCUAUACUUUACAUCCAUUUUCUCCCUUAUCACUUUUUUGUUUAUUGCACACAAAAAAGUGACCAAGAAAUCUGACCCAACUCCAAAUUUACCACCAGGUCCAUUGAAACUACCUAUCAUAGGAAACAUACACAACCUUAUAGGUUCACUUCCCCAUCAUAAGCUAAGAGACUUAUCAACAAAAUAUGGACCUUUAAUGCAUCUAAAACUUGGUGAAGUUUCAACAAUUGUAGUUUCAUCAUCAGAAUAUGCCAAAGAAGUGAUGAAAACACAUGAUCUUAUUUUUUCAUCAAGGCCUUCUAUUCAAGCUUCAGAGAUAAUGAAUAACUCUCUUGGUAUUGCUUUUGCUCCUUAUGGUGAUUAUUGGAGACAACUUAGAAAAAUUUGUACUUUAGAGCUAUUAAGUUCAAAACGUGUCCAAUCUUUUCAACCAAUUAGAAGUGAAGAGGUAAAUAAUCUAAUCAAAUGGAUUGCUUCAAAAGAAGGAUCACAAAUUAAUUUAACCAAAGAAGUGUUUUCAACAAUUUCUACAAUCAUUUCUAGGACAGCUUUUGGGAAGAAGUGCAAGGACAAUCAGAAAUUCAUAUCAUUGGUGAAGGAAGCCAGUAAAGUUGCUGGAGGUUUUAAUUUGGGAGAUUUAUAUCCUUCUUAUAAAUGGCUUCAAAAUAUAUCUGGGUUGAAGCCUAAGCUUGAAAAGUUACACAAACAAACUGAUAAGAUUUUGCAAAACAUUGUUGAUGAGCAUAGGGAGGUUAAUAAAUCAAGGGUCAAUGAAGAUCAUGGUGAGGAAGAUCUUGUUGAUUUGCUAUUGAAACAGGAAUAUUGUUUAAAUGAUAAUUGUGUCAAGGCUGUGAUCUUGGAUAUAUAUGGAGCUGGAAGUGAUAGUUCAGCUUCUACCAUAACAUGGGCAAUGGCAGAAAUGAUUAAAAAUCCAAGAAUAAUGGAGAGGGUACAAGCUGAGUUAAGAGAGGUAUUUGAUAAAGAAAGAAAACCCAAUGAAAGUGACUUGGAUAAAUUAAAAUAUUUAAAAUAUGUUGUGAAAGAGACUUUGAGAUUACAUCCUCCGGGAGCACUUUUGCUUCCAAGAGAAUGUGGACAAACAUGCAAGAUAAAUGGUUAUGACAUACCUUUUAAAAGCAAAGUUAUAGUGAAUGCUUGGGCUAUUGGAAGAGAUCCAAAUCAUUGGGAUGACCCGGACAAAUUUUAUCCUGAAAGAUUCAUUGAAAGUAGUGUAGACUAUAAAGGUAAUAAUUUUGAGUUCAUUCCAUUUGGUGCUGGAAGAAGAAUGUGCCCUGGGGUCACGUUUGGUUUGGUCAACGUUGAGUAUCCACUUGCAUUGUUGAUGUAUUACUUUGAUUGGAAACUUUCGAAUGCAAAGAAAAAUGAAGAUUUAGAUAUGAGUGAGACUUUUGGAGUAGCGGUUACUCGAAAAGAUGAUUUAUUCCUUAUUCCUAUCACUUAUCAUCCUUAGAUACCCCAAAUAUUAAUCGGAAGUGAAUAAUGAUAGUAAUGAUCAUUAGUUUGAUUUACGGACAAUAUUGUGGUGAUAAUGAUCGUAAUGCCAAAGGUAUAUCAUUACUACACAAC